AUGGUUCUCCUUCUGCUCGGUUCAGGUCUGAAGUCUCUGGGGAUGACCAUCGCUCAGUGUUACGAGGAGGUCGGACUGCUGCUCCUCUUCCUCGGCGUGGGGAUCUCCAUCUUUGCCUCCACAGUCUUUGCCCUGGAGCACGAUUGUCCCGCCACCACCUUCACCAGCGUGCCCGCCGCCUGGUGGUGGGCCACCACCUCCAUGACCACAGUGGGCUACGGAGACAUUCGACCCGACACGGCGGCGGGGAAGGUUCUGGGCUUCCUCUGCAUCCUGUCUGGGAUCCUGAUCCUAGCACUGCCCAUCGCCAUCAUCAACGACCGCUUCUCCGCCUGCUACUUCACCCUGAAGGUGAAAGAGGCGGCGCUGCGGCACGGCGAGAUGCAGAAGAGGCUGGCCCGUGGCUCUGUGGGGGAGGCGGCGCUGGGAGGCAUAAACCUGAGAGACGCCUAUGCCCGCAGUGUCCAAGAGAUGUUGCGGCUGCAGAACCGAGAGCGGGCGAGCACCCGCAGCAGUGGUGGGGACGAGCUGUGGUGGUAG